UUUUUUUCUAACAAUGCCGGACACUUAUCACAACCACUGUAGAUCCUCCUCUCUCAAACCAUUGCGGGUACCAUACUCCUUUCUCUUGCUCAUUAAAGGUCCUUUUGUUACCUAUUUCUGUAACUCUUUACUUCCAUCCAUUAGCAGGUUUUUUCAGACAUUCGAAACCUUUUCCCUAACAAUUUACAGGACGCAUUUCUUUUGGCCAUUCCCGGAACUCUUUUCUCACCCAUUAUGGGAAACCACUUAUCAGAUGGAUACCAAAGUUAGAAAGCCUAAAAUACAAUCAUUUAACAUAUAA